AGGACUGUAAUAAUACAAGUUUUGCUGUAGGUGGCGUCACAAGGCAUGAACUUGUGAGUGGGGAGUCACCUCCCAUCGCAUCGGCUCUUUCGGUGCUUUUAACCGAGCAGGUGUGAUGUUGAGCAGAAGAGCUCAGUGUAGUUACUGUGAAUCAGAGCAGGAGCGCGUCAUGGGACGCCAGUGCGCCAAAGAAGCGACGUUGGAUAUGUGCGUCUGACUUUACGGACACUUUUUACGCAGUUCCUCAUGUGUUCAGACUAACCAGAUCGGAACUGCCUGAAUUCUUGGACUCUUCAAAGUGUUCUUUGUGGACGAUCUUUUUAACAGUAGACAUGAAUACUACAUUUAACCAAACGGACAGUGGAAUCUUCUCCAACCGGACUGAGGAAAUCCUCCUGUGUUGUAACUUCUCGUCGGUGGUGACGGAUAACGGCUUCACGGCGGCCGCUCCGGAUGAAAGAAGCCUCUUCAUCAUGAGAAUAGUUCAGAUAGCGGUGAUGUGUGUCCUCUCCCUCACCGUAGUCUUCGGGAUAUUUUUCCUGGGCUGUAACUUGCUCAUCAAGUCGGAAGGGAUGAUAAACUUUUUGGUAACGGACCGGAGACCCUCCAAAGAGGUAGAGGCGGUCAUCGUGGGUGCGUACUAGACAUGAUGAGGAUUACCAUGAAAUUAAGUUUGUGGACCACCUGAUGGACAUCUGUUUCUAUGGCCUCUUUACAAACCAGGACACAGUGUUAUUUGACCGGCUAAAACUAUUAUAUUGAGAUCAACUGAACGCACUGUCUCCAUUUUGCGCACACGCCUUUCCACUGUUACAUUCAAGCGCUUCAUUUAGGAGGUGAACCACCCAGAUCUCAAAUCAGAUACAGGCAUGGAGUCUUACAUUUGUCAUUGAAAAUAUGUAGGCCUAUAUGUGCAAACGCAGAGGAGUUGUGGCACAUAUUGAUUGUUUUGUAAUGGUUUUGGACCUCCUCUCUGUAAAACACCUUGUAAGCACUGCACGCACUAAUUAUUUGUUGUUUAGCAAAAUUAAAGCAUCAUGUUUAAUACAAUAAAUUCGUAUUUCGAAUAAAACUGUCUUAUCUAUCUCACUCUUAUAUAUUAUAUAUACUUUUUUUUUCAUAGGAACUCUGUGAAGAUGUAUUGUUACACUGUAAGCAAAUGCUUAAUGAGGUAACAAAUAUUUGUCCAAGUCAAACAUAUUAUUUAAAUGACCGAAACAACUCAAAAACCAGGCAAUGAAUGUUAUUUUAACGGUCAGAACAGGUAUAAGUGUCUCUUGGUCAUAACUACACAUAUUCAUCUUAAUGUAAAUUGUCAUUAAAAAUAGUUUGCUAAUGUGUUA